GCAGCACCCGGCGGGGCUUCGGGCUGGCUGCAGUCUCAGUCUGAGGGCGGCCGAAGUGGCUGGCUCAGUUAAGAUGAGGCUUCUGCUGCUCUUCCUGGUGGCGGCGUCGGCGGUGGUCCGGAGUGAGGCCUCGGCCAACCUGGGCGGGGUGCCCAGCAAGAGAUUAAAGAUGCAGUAUGCCACGGGGCCGCUGCUCAAGUUCCAGAUUUGUGUUUCCUGAGGAUAUAGGCGGGUGUUUGAGGAGUACAUGCGGGUUAUCAGCCAGCGGUACCCAGACAUCCGCAUUGAAGGAGAGAAUUACCUUCCUCAGCCAAUAUAUAGACACAUAGCAUCUUUCCUGUCAGUCUUCAAAUUAGUAUUAAUAGGCUUAAUAAUUGUGGGCAAGGAUCCUUUUGCUUUCUUUGGCAUGCAAGCUCCUAGCAUCUGGCAGUGGGGCCAAGAAAAUAAGGUCUAUGCAUGUAUGAUGGUUUUCUUCCUGAGCAACAUGAUUGAGAACCAGUGUAUGUCAACAGGUGCAUUUGAGAUAACUUUAAAUGAUGUGCCUGUAUGGUCUAAGUUGGAAUCUGGUCACCUUCCAUCCAUGCAGCAACUUGUUCAAAUUCUUGACAAUGAAAUGAAGCUCAAUGUGCAUAUGGAUUCAAUCCCACAUCAUCGAUCAUAGCCCCACUUAUCAGCACUGAAAACUCUUUUACAUUAAGGGAUUUUUGCAAGAGCAGCGUGACUGACAUCAUGAAGGCCUGUACUGAAGACAGCAAGCUGUUAGUACAGACCAGAUGCUUCCUUGGCAGGCGCGUUGUACCUCUUGGAAAACCUCAAUGCAAGAUAGUGGUUCAGUGCUGGCACAUUCUGGAAUUCUGCACAUUCAUGGAGUGCAAUAAUACUGUAUAGCUUUUUUCCCCCAAAAUUCACCCAGUUAAUAGUUCUUUUUUUAAAAAUAGACGUUAAUACUUGUAAAUUUUUUUCUUAGUCAUAUUUGAAAAAUUAGAAAAUUGAGUUACAAUUUAAUUUUUUUCAAAGAUGUCUGUUAAAUCUGUUACGCUUUUAUAUGAAGUUUUGAUUUUUAUAGUUUAAAAUCAGAUCUUUU